AUGGAACAGAUGAAAUAUAGAACUAUUUCAUCAUUUGAACAAUUGAAGGCUGAAUUAGAAUCACUCUUCGGAAAAACCAAGAGUCCCGUGGGACGUCAGGCCGAAUUCAGCAAAUUACAGCAAAGAGAAAAUGAAGAUGUCGCUAAAUACGUAGCACGCACAGAGGAAGUCACUGUUGACUUCUUGAAUGGGCUACUCAGUCUGCACAGUGAAUUCACUGAAGAGGAAAAAUUAGCCUCUAAAAAUCUCAUGAUGACUCUUGCUAAACUAAUGUUUGAACAAGGGUUACGAGGACAAUUGCAGAUUCUAAUGCGUGCUAAUAACUUCAAAACUCUUCAUGGUGCAUGUGCAGAGACUAUAGAAUUAGAGAAAACCAUUUCUCAUAAAGGCACUCAUAAGGGAAAAAUAGGAGGAAUUUCAAAUACACAAAGACACUCAACUGGAGGAAAUAGAAAUUCUAUGAGUAAACAGUCAAUCGGAACCUGCUUCAAUUGUGGACAAGGGGGCCACUUUGCAAAAGAUUGUCGCAGUUCACAGGCACCACGUAGGUCAUUACCAGUUGCCUCAGAACGACGCAACGUCAACGCUUCCGGAGUGUAA